AUGGAAUUUUCUAGUCAGCUAAACGGCCACUCACGCGCUUCCAUCGGGAAGCCUCUGUAUGAGCCCAUCGCCAUUUGCGGCAUGGGAAUGAGACUCCCGGGCUCAAUCAACGACUCCCAAGCCUUCUGGGACCUGUUGCAGAACAAGCGCAACGGACGAUGCAAGGUGCCCAAGGAGCGUUACGACGUCGACACUUGGUUUGGCCCUGGAAAGUCCGGCCACGUCGCCUCCAAGUUUGGCUAUUUCCUCGACCAUGUCGACCUAGCCAAGAUGGACACGUCCUUCUGGUCGGCGACCAAGGACGAGUGCGCUUCCAUGGAUCCGCAGCAACGACUCCUGCUCGAGGUUGCGUACGAGGCGUUGCAGACAGCCGGACAGAAGUCGUCAGAGCUGCGCGGUCGCAAGAUCGGUGUCUUUGUCGGCAGCUUCGAGGGCGACUGGCUGGAGUUGGACCAGCGCGACGUCGAGAACUUCAGUCGCCAUCGUCAGUCCGGCUCGGGCGACUACAUGGCAGCAAACCGCAUCCACUAUGAAUUCGGCUUUAUGGGUCCCAGUACCGUCAUCCGCAGCGCGUGUUCCAGCUCCAUGAUCGCGCUCCACGACGCAUGCACUGCUAUUAUCGCCGGAGAGUGCGAAGGCGCUAUUGUUGGAGGCUGCAAUCUCAUCCUUUCCCCGCGCAUGACAGCCACCAUGCAGGAGCUGGGCGUUGCCUCGCCGAGCGGCUACUGCCACACGUUUGACGCCGACGCCGACGGCUAUGCCCGUGGCGAGGCAGUCUCGGCUGUCUAUAUUAAGAAGCUGAGCGAUGCCAUCCGCGACGGCGACCCCGUCCGGUCCGUGAUCCGGUCUACAUGCUUCAACUCCGGUGGACGGGCUGCAACGAUGUCGGCGCCCGUGGCCGCCGCUCAUGAGGCCCUGAUGCGCCGCUCCCACGAGCUGGCUGGUAUCACCGACUUUUCUAGGACGGCCAUGGUGGAGUGCCACGGAACUGGCACACCUGUCGGCGAUCCUAUUGAGGUUCAGGCCAUCGCGAAUGUCUUUGGCGAUCAUGGGAUCUAUAUUGGAUCGGUGAAAACCAAUCUUGGACACGGCGAGGGUGCCUCAGCGAUGUCCAGUCUCAUCAAAAUGACGCUGGCCCUCGAGCAUAAGAUCAUCCCAGCCAAUCUCAACUUCAAGACCCCGAAUCCCAGCAUCCCAUUCAAGUCACGCAAGCUCACAGUGCCGCUCGAGUCUACCCCGUGGCCCAAAGACCGCGACGAAGUCGUUGGCAUCAAUAGCUUUGGUGUCGGUGGAUCCAAUGCCCAUGCUGUUCUUGCCUCGGCGGACUCUUUCGGCGCCGGUAUGGCCCAGGAAUCCGCAGCCGAGAAGACCAUAGUCUCUUGGAAGCCCGCUCUGCUCCUGUUCUCAGCAAAGCAUGCGGACGCACUCAAGAAGAUCAUUGAGAACCAGCAGGCAUACCACGUCGCUCACCCGAACCGACUCACCAACGUGGCCUACUCACUCGCCAUAAAGCGCGAUGCCUUCGACCAUCGCGCCUUUGCCGUUGCCGAUGGCGUGGACGACUGGAGCGCCAAGUUCUCAACCCGGACUUCUGCCCCUCGUGAGCCGCCGAAGCUUGUCUUUGUUUUCAGCGGCCAGGGUGCCCAGUGGGCUCAGAUGGGCAAGGAACUCGUCCAACUCUACCCGAGCUUCGGGGAGAGCAUCAAAGAGCUGGACGGAUACCUAUCCGCGCUCGGAGAUGACGGGCCGACUUGGUCGCUGAUGGAGGAACUUAUGCGUGGCAAGAAGACCAGCCGUCUAUCCCAGGCAGAGUUCGCGCAGCCGUGCACCACGGCACUGCAGAUCGCCCUGGUGGACCUGCUGCGCCAGAGUGGCCUCACGCCGGACGCUGUCGUCGGCCAUUCGAGCGGUGAGAUCGCCGGCGCGUAUGCCAGCGGCGCGUUGACCGCCCGCGAGGCCAUCCUCGCUGCCUACUACCGUGGCAAGGCGAUGCCGUGGGUGGAGAAGGCACUUGUGGCUGAAGGUACCCAAGGCGGCAUGGCUGCUAUUGGCCUGGGGUCAGAGCAGGUAAUGCCAUACCUCACCAAGGGUGUCGUGGUCGGCUGUGAGAACAGCCCUGACAGCACCACGCUCACCGGUGAUAAGAGCGCACUCGACAUUGUCAUGAGCCGGAUCAACGAGGCACACCCGAGCGUCCUUGUCCGCGAGCUGAAGGUCGAUCGCGCCUAUCAUUCUCACCACAUGCGCAUCGGCGCGCCGCACUACCUGGCUUCUCUCAAGGCUCAGGGCAUCGAGCCCCAGCCGCCCUCAGUCCCUUUCCACUCCAGUGUCACGGGCGAAGUCAUCAGCAACGCUGAGGAUCUUAGACCCCAGUACUGGAUUGACAACCUUGUUUCUCGCGUCCGCUUCUCUACGGCUGUCAACAGCGUCCUCUCGUCAUCUAAGUCGCCCAAGACGUUCGUCGAAGUCGGCCCGCACUCGACACUUGCCGGUCCUAUCCGGCAGAUUCUCCAAGCCGCGAGUGCCCAGGCCGACUACGUCAACGUCAUGAAGCGUGGCGAAGACGGUAGCAGGGCUUACCUCCAGGCCAUGGGCGAGUUGUGGAGCCUCCACGUGCCGCUCGAUCUUUCCGCCAUCGUUGACAAGGGUGACUUCCUCACGGACCUUCCCCUGUACCCGUGGCACUACGAGGAGUCACUCUGGGCUGAGAGCCGUCUCUCAAAGGACUACCGGUCUCGGAAGUUCCGCCACCAUGAGCUGCUCGGCUCCCGCAUCAUCGAGAGCACCGACCACAGCCCGGCCUGGCGCAACAUCCUGCGCCUAGAGAGCGUGCCAUGGAUCAGGGACCACGAGGUCUUUGGCGACGUUGUCCUUCCGGGUGUCGGCUACAUCGCCAUGGCAGGCGAGGCGAUUCGCCAGCUGACGGGCGCGGACGACUUUUCGGUCCAACGCGUCCAUAUCAAGGUGGCUUUGGCAUUGGAGCACGACUCUAAGAUUGAGGUCGUGACGCAGCUUGAAAGGGUGGCACUCACAAAUUCGCUUGACAGCCCGUGGUACAACUUCACCAUCUCCAGCUUCCGGAAAGCCGCGGAUGGUGGUGCCGGGUCAUGGAUCAAGCAUAUCUUCGGUCAGGUUCGUGGUGGCUCUGACUUCCAGCCAGGCGCGGCGCCAGACGUGUCACCGCUGCAGAGGGCCGUCUCUGAAAAGGGAUGGUACCGCAAGUUCCGCGCUUCGGGUUUAGACUACGGUCCGCGCUUCCAAAGCCUCGCCAACAUCACGGCCGAUCCGUCGACGUCAGAGAUUGUGGCAAAUAUCACUAACGACGUUCGUGAUGCCGAGUCGUACUAUCCGAUUCAUCCCGGCGCCCUGGACUGCAUGGCCCAGGCUCUCGUGCUUGCCUUGUGCGGCGGCCUGACGAGGAAUCUCGGCUCCAUGGCUGUGCCCACUUACAUUGACGAGCUCUACUGCCGACCGUCUGCCAUCAAAGACAUGUCCAUUCGCGUGAAGGCUACCGAGUGCAGGAGGAAUGCCUACACCGGUGACCUGACAGCCGUCUGUGACGGACAGAUUGCCGUUCAAGCCAAGGGCUUCCGCUUGACCGUGGUGGACAACACCACUAAGGCCGAUGCUUCAAGCAAUCUCGGCGCCAGAUUCCGCCACGGCGCCGUCCACCUCGAAUGGAAGCCUGACAUCAACUUCGCCAAUGUCGACAUGCUGUUCUCUCCCGAUCUGCCGCCCGACCAAGACUUCCACUUGCUUGACCAGUACCUUGCGCUGACCUCCAUCGAGGUGGCCGAGCGUACGCGAAACAUGAAACCCGCUCAGGAUUUCAUGGCGCUCUUCCAGAAAUGGACGGCAGACUUCGCCGCGGAGACGCAACUCGAGGCCCUGUUCGAUGCUUCAGAGAAGGACAUCCUUCGCAACGACAGCGCUUACCGCAACAAGGUGAUGGACAAGACAUAUGUCCAGCUCAUGGACUGUCAAACACGCGCGGCUGCUGAAGCGAUUGGUCGAAUUGUCAAGGACAUCGAGGGCCUCAUGAACGGCACCACCGACGGUCUCGACAUCCUGAUGGACAACAAGCUGCUGCACGACGUUUACGACGGCAUGCAGCUCACAGAGAUGGGCAGCUUCUUUGACCUUGUCGCGCACAAGAAGCCCAACCUGCGAGUGCUCGAGAUCGGCGCCGGCACGGGCGGCACCACGGCCAAGGUUCUGCCACUUCUGCAGUCUGCCUAUGGCGAGCGCAUGUAUCUCUCCUACACCUACACCGACAUCUCGCCGGGAUUUUUCCCACCCGCGCAAGAGCGUUUCCGGGAGUUCCCGGGCCUCGAGUACCGCGUGCUGGACAUCUCGCAGGACCCGGCCGGGCAGGGUUUCGAGAACGACCUGGAGAGCUAUGAUCUUAUCAUUGCCACGAACGUCCUCCACGCCACAGAGCGUAUCCUCGACACGCUGAAGAACGUCCGCAAGCUUUGCCAUCCUCGUGGGCGGCUCUUCCUGCAAGAGCUGUCUCCCGUCAGCAAGUGGCCCAACAUGAUCAUGGGCGUCUUGCCGGGAUGGUGGCUCGGCGCCGAGGAUGGCCGCCCAGAUGAGCCGUACAUGGACGAACAGCGGUGGGACAAGGAGCUCACGAGUGCUGGGUUCUGCGGCGCUGAGACUGUCUUCUUCGAUGGUCGUCUGUGCCUCAACAUCGUCACGACGCCCAAAGAGAUGGAUGCGAAGCGACCGAGAGUAACGCUGCUUACCCCUGGCCAGGUCAGCGAGUCGUCUGAGCCGAAGGUACGUGCCGUGUCCGAGCAGCUACAGGGUGCCGGCUAUCCCGUCGUCGUUCAUCCUUUCGGACAAGCGGUUCUUGAUCUUGGGAUGGACGAGGACGUUGUCGCCCUGCUUGACGUCGACAAGCCCUUCUUCCAUAACCUGAGCGAGUCGGACCUUCACGGCUUCCAGGCUUUCCUCGCCUAUGCCAAGGGGCGCCGAUGUGGCCUCCUCUGGGUCACGGGUGCCAGCCAGGCCGGCUGCACCGACCCUCGCUACGCGCCCGUCAUUGGCGUGGCCAGAGUCCUGCGUCUCGAGCUCGGUAUGGACUUUGCCACUCUCGAGAUGGGUGGUCAGACGGAGGACAGCUCCCUCAAGAUCGAUGCACCGACUGUGGCGCGUGUGAUGGGCGAGUUCCGCCGCCGCGAUAGCAACGCCAUGGAGUCGGAUAUCGACACGACUUGCGAGGCCGAGUGGGUAUACUCAGCAGGAACCACUCUUGCGGGACGCUACCAUUAUCUCGACAUGGACGCCGAGCUCAAGAAGCCCGCGCCCAGCAGCGGCACUGAGACAGCCCUCGACACUUGGCGGCCAGGUCUGCUCGACGCUUUGUACUGGAAACGCCUGCCCGUCGAGGAGCUUGCUCCCGAUGAGGUGCGUGUCGAGGUCCGCGCCGUUGGCCUCAACUUCAAGGACGUCCUGGUCGCCAUCGGCAUCAUCGCCGAGCCAGUCAAGAUCGCCCGCGGCAUGGGCUACGACUGCACUGGUGUCGUCACAGCAGUUGGCCGCGACGUCACCAAGCACCGCAUCGGAGACCGCGUUGCCGUCUGCGAGAGCGGCACGUUCUCCACAUCGCUCAAUGUCUUGGAGCAGCUCUGUGCGACAUUGCCAGACGACAUGUCGUUUGAAGAGGGCGCCACCAUGCCUCUCGUCUACGCCACGGCGUCGUACUGCUUGCUAGACGCAGCUCAGCUAGCCAAGGGCAUGACGGUCCUGAUUCAUGCGGCCGCUGGCGGUGUCGGUCUCGCUGCGAUUCAGCUGUGUAAUAUGGUGGGCUGCGAGGUCUACUGCACGGUCGGCAGCGACGAGAAGGUGCAGUACCUCAUGGAGCACUGCGGCAUUCCGCGUGAUCACAUCUUUAACUCGCGUGACACGAGCUUCUUGCCUGGUCUGAUGGCCAUGACGGACAAUCGCGGUGUCGAUGUGGUUCUCAACUCGCUGUCGGGUGAGCUGCUGCAUGCUUCGUGGAAGUGUGUUGCUGAAGGUGGCGCCUUUGUCGAGAUCGGUCGUCGUGACUUUAUCGGGCAGGCCAAGCUUGCCAUGGAGCCGUUUGAGACUAACAGGUCCUUCAUCGGCUUUGACUUGGGUGCCAUGAGGAACCAGCGACCAGAUACCAUUGCUAGGCUCAUGGACCGCAUGAUGAAGCAAGCCAAGGAGGGCCGUAUCAAGCCCAUUCUGCCCAUGAAGAUCUUUGACGCAGCUCAGAUCUCUGACCCCUUCCGGCUGAUGCAGAAGGCGCAGCAGAUCGGCAAGAUGGUCAUCUCCAUGCCCGCCAGCGCCGACACCGAGCUGUCAUCCGAGGCCAUACAUAAGCCCUUCCGCGCGCGCUCUGAUGCCGCCUACCUCCUCACAGGAGGUCUGGGUGGUCUCGGCAAAUCCAUCAGCACCCGGCUUGCCGAGCGCGGCGCUCGCCACUUUGUCUUCCUCUCCCGCUCCGCUGAGAAGCCCGAACACGAUGCCUUCUUCAAGGAGAUGGAGUCCCUGGACUGCACAAGCACCAGAGUGUCAGGCGACGUCGUCAACUACGACGACGUCGUGCGGGCCGUCAAGGCCGCGGGCAGACCGAUCGCCGGUGCGCUCCAUGCGCCCUUGGUCCUGCAGGAUAACAGCUUCCUGGACAUGUCUUUCGACGAGUGGAACGCGCCUUUCCGCCCCAAGGUCGAGGGCGCAUGGAACCUGCACAAGGCGCUCCUCUCCGAGAAGCUAGAAUUCUUCUUCCUCUUCAGCUCCUUCGGCUGCAUGUUCGGACAGUGGGGCCAGUCCAACUACUCCGCCUCCAAUACCUUCAUCGACGCCUUCGUCGGCUACCGCCACUCGCUCGGCCUGCCCGCCUCCACCGUCAACAUCGGCGUCAUGGGCGAUGUCGGCUGGGUCGCCGACAACCCGGAGGCGCUCGAGAAGCUCCAGGCUGCGGCAUCCCACGUCUCCCAGGAGAGCGACUUCCUCGACUGCGCCGAGCUUAUGUUCAUGCGCCCCGGCCCCACGCCGCAGACGGAUCCCGCGCACUUCGUCCAGCACUCGCAGGUCGGCUUCGGCCUGCGCACGACGCUGCCGAUCCUGGCGCCGAAUAACCGCGUCGUCUUCCGCAAGGACCCCCGCAUGCUGGUCUACCGCAACCUCGAGGCUGAUGCGGGCUGGUCGGCGGCGGCGACGACGGGGGCGGCGGGCGCGGACCCGGCGGACGAGGAGCUGACGAGGUUCUUGCAGGCUGCGUCUGUAAACAUGGCUGUGCUGCGCGGAGAGGAGGCGACGCGCUUCAUUGCGCAGAAUGUGGGCCGGACGCUGUUUGGCUUCAUGCUGAGGUCUGAGGAUGAUUUUGAUGUGCUUACGCCGAUGGCGGAUCUGGGUAUUGACAGCUUGGUCAGUAUUGAGUUAAGGAACUGGAUUACUAAGAGGCUUGUUGUGGAGGUGAAUGUGCUGGAGAUUACAAGGGCAGGCAGCCUGUUGGAGUUGGGUGGUUUGUUACAGACGAGGAUGGUGGAGAGGUAUCAGGCUAGGAGGUAG